UUGAAAUCAAUGUUCUGAAGGGAGGUUGUGUUUCGGGUUGAUAAGAAUUUAACGGUUUGUUGACAUCAUACGUAAAAUAAUUUUGUGUAUGUGAUUUAUCUUGUGUUUCUGUGAAUAUUAAAGUGGCGUAAUAAAGAUGGCCAUGCAGCAAGAAGUCGGCGUGCCCGACUUUGUCCUACUGGACAAUUUGACGACAGACAACUUCGUGGAGAAUUUGCAUUUGAGGUUCAAACACAACAAAAUUUACACUUACAUCGGCGAGGUGCUCGUGUCGGUCAACCCGUACAAGACGUUAGACAUCUAUGGCGUCCAACAGAUGGCGCAGUACAGAGGAAGAGAGAUGUUCGAAGUCCCCCCUCACGUUUAUGCUGUGGCGGACGCCUGCCAGAGGGUCUUACGGCAACAGGGUAAAGACACAUGCGUGCUCAUAUCGGGCGAGUCCGGCUCGGGCAAGACAGAGGCAUCCAAGUUAAUCAUGAAAUACAUAGCAGCCAACACCACACAGGUCCACAGAGAGUACAUCGACAGAGUCAAAAACGUGCUCAUCCAAUCAAACUCCAUCCUGGAGACGUUCGGCAACGCGAAGACAAACAGAAACGACAACUCGUCCCGGUUCGGCAAGUACAUGGACAUCCACUUCGACUACAAGGGCGACCCGGUAGGCGGGCACAUCAGCAACUACCUGCUGGAGAAGAGCAGGGUCGUCAGUCUGCAGCCCGGCGAGAGGAACUUCCACUCCUUCUAUCAGUUACUAAGCACAAGUAAUCCCACCACAAAGAAGUACGGACUCAAUUCAAACGGAAAUUACAAACUACUAGGAAGCGAAAACAGCACGCCUCAAGAUUCUAAGCUUUAUUCGCAGACAAACAGUGCUUUCAACGCUCUGGGCUUCCCGCCGGCUGUAGUCAAUGAUAUAUGGAGUAUCGUCGCUGGAGUCAUAUUGUUGGGCGAGCUAACGUUCACGGAGACGGCGGACGGCACACUGGACAUGGGCGGGCCAGUGCAGACGUGCGCGCGCGCGCUGGGCGUGCCCGAGCGCGCGCUGCACGCCAGCAUGGCCGGCCGCGUGCUGGCCGCGGGCGCGGAUCUCGUCGCCAAGGAGCACUCGCUCAGCGACGCCCACUAUACCAGGCUGGCGCUGAUCAAGGCCGCGUACGAUCGACUUUUUACGUGGAUCGUUCAGCAGAUAAACAAAGCGAUAGAAGUGCCAUCCAACACAUACAAGAACACACUGAUCGGCGUGCUCGACAUUUACGGCUUCGAGAUCUUUGAUACAAACAGCUUCGAGCAGUUCUGCAUCAACUACUGCAACGAGAAGCUGCAGCAGCUGUUUAUUGAACUGGUGCUAAAACAGGAGCAGGAGGAAUACGCCAGGGAGGGAAUACAAUGGACGCCAAUCAAGUACUUCAACAACCGCAUCAUUUGCGAGCUAGUGGACGCGCCGCACCAGGGCAUCAUAGCCAUCAUGGACGAGGCGUGUCUCAACCCAACUAAGAUAUCCGACAAACAGCUGUUAGAGGCGAUGGACAAGCGAUUGAACAACCAUAAGCAUUAUACGUCUCGGCAACUGUCGCCCAUCGACAAGAAACUGGCGCACUCUGUCGACUUCAGGAUCACCCAUUACGCGGGCGAUGUGACGUAUGCAAUCACGGGUUUUAUGGAUAAGAACAAGGACUCGCUCUGGCAAGACCUGAAGAGGCUUCUGCAUCAUUCUACGAACACGUCCCUGGCAAAUAUGUGGCCGGAGGGCGGCGCUAACAUACAGAAGACAUCGAAAAGACCGCCGUCGGCCGCAACGCUGUUCCGCAGUUCGAUGUCGUCGCUGGUGGCGGGGCUGCAGACCAAGGAGCCCUUCUACGUGCGCUGCGUCAAGCCCAACCCGCUGCAGACGCCCAACACCUGGGACGAACAGCUGGUCCGCCACCAAGUGGCGUACCUCGGUCUGGUGGAGAACGUGCGCGUGCGCCGCGCCGGCUUCGCGUCGCGACAGCGCUACGACCGCUUCCUCAAGCGCUACAAGAUGCUGUCGCAGUACACCUGGCCCAACUUCCGGGGACAGGGGGACAAGGAGGCUGUCAUGGUGCUCGUCAGGGAUUUGCAGAUCACCGACGUGCAGUUUGGACACACCAAGCUGUUCAUAAGGAGCGCCCGCACGCUGCAGCAGCUGGAGGCGGCGCGCGCGCAGCUGCUGCCGGCGAUCGUGACGCUGCUGCAGAAGCUGUGGCGCGGCUCGCUCGCGCGCAUGCGCUACAAGAGGAUGAAGGCCGCGCUCGUCAUAUUCAAUGCUUGGAAACGCUACCGCAGCCGCCGCUACAUAGCGGAGCUGCAAGCAGAGCUGCAGCGACGUCGUGGCGUCAUGAAGCAGUGGCCGGCGGCGCCGCGUGGCGUGCCCGAGGCGCUGCUGCAGGCGGCGUACCGGAGGUGGCGGGCCUUCCUCACACUCAAACCCGUGCCCCGGGACCAGUGGCCGCAGCUCAAGAUGAAGAUCUGUGCUGCCAGCGCUCUGGGAGGAAGACGGGCGGAGUGGGGAUCGAACAGGGCGUGGCUCGGCGACUAUUUGGCUGACGAUAAUUAUAACUCUAAGUCUGCCCUCUACAAAGCGUCGAUAUCAACACUCCAACGCAACCCCCACUUCGGAAAGCCGCUGUUCUCGUGUCGCGUCCACAAGUUCAACCGACACAACAAGAUGGCGGAGAGAUGUAUACUGGUGACCGACACCGCCAUCUAUAAGAUCGACGCGAACACUUUCAAAGUGCUGAAGAAGCCGACGCCUAUUUCUGAGAUAGGCGCGGUGCGAGUGAUGAGCAGCGACGCGCAGCUGGUGGUGGUGAGCGUGCCGCGCGCGCACAGCGACCUGCUGCUGGCGCUGUCCGCUGUCACCUGUAGCACCGACCUCGUCGGCGAGCUCGUCGGCGUGCUCGCCAACAGGUUCCACAUGUUGACAGGCUCUGAGCUGAUAGUAGAAGUGGAGCGUGGGGCAACCACACGUUGCACUUUAGGCGGGAAAACUCGCGCGCUGCAGCUCCCCACGCAAACGCUGGCCAAUCAGACGCAGCCCUUCACGCAUGCGCACAACGUCAUCACCUACCAUCCCGCCUCCGCUAGGGCGUAGACUAUAGAAAAUUAAUUUGAAAAGUUGUUACUGGCCAGUUAAAGAUUUCACUGAGAAAGAAAAACAAGUGGGCUUAAAAUAGAGUUUAUUGUUUUUUUUUAAGUCAUCAACGUGUCAGUUUUUCUUAUGUGUAUACAAGAAUGUACAUACAAAAAAAAAACUAUUUUUGUGAAGAAUAGAUGAUUACAGUUUAUAAAGAUGUAGCAAAAGCAUUUUUAACGAACUUAUUUUUUUUGGCAUUGCAAUACCAAAUAUAAUGGUUAGAUUAAUGGUUAAGAUUGGUUGAUAAACACCCAGUGUUGCCAGCCGAGAGGACAGAGCGUCUUCAUUCAUUUUCUACUUUUACACAUGCAAUAAUACAAAUUCAAUAAUUUAAAAUUUUAAUAAUGAUUGUUAUAAUCUAAUUUUGUUUGCAUAAUUUUCGUUAAGACCGUAUUUCAUAAAGGAAUUAGUGGUU